AGUUGGCGCAAUGAACCGCACUCUCUCUGCUCUCCUCCGUUCCCAUGAUGCACCGCGUCUGCCUGUCUCUGCUCCCCUCCGAGCCGCCAUGUUUUCGGAGUGAAAGCCUGGAAAUCUGGAUAGAGAACCGGGGCUGAAAUCUUCAACCAUCCGCCCUCUCCGCCUGCCGUGGUGGAAUGAGCAGCGUGUGUGUGUUGAAGGGUAAAGCAGUGCUCUGGCAGGCCUCGUUCAGCCCCCACCUCAGAACUUCAACUCCCAGCAUGCCGGUGGUGCUGAGCAACGGAGGACACGCCCCCCCGGCCGGACAGACCCCACAUGCCCCGCCACCAAGCCAGCAGGGCGUGGUGGGUACGGGGCGCUCUCAGGAUGAUGCCAUGGUGAACUACUGCUUCCAGCGGCAGCACGGAGAGCAACCUGGCAAACACCGCUGGCCCACUGGGGAGAACAUCCACGACAGCCAGUGUUCCAGAGACCCAGUGUUCCAGAGACCCAGUGCUCUAGCAGCCCAACAGCAGCAGUAUGCCUUGGCAGCAGCACAGCAAUCUCACAUUGGUUUGGCUCAAGCGUUUGUUUCCAACCCUUACAUCAUCAGUACCGGUCCGUCUGGAACCGACCCCUACGCUGCUGGACUGGCAGCUGCUGCAACACUGGGCCCAACAGUGAUGCCUCCUCAGUACUACGGGGUGACUCCCUGGGGAGUGUAUCCAGCCAAUCUGUUCCAGCAACAGGCAGUGGCCGCCAACAACUCAGCCAAUCAACAGGCUCAAGGACAGAACCAGCACAACCAACAACAGGUGAUGCGUGGGGGCGGUAACCAGCGACCCCUGACCCCUAGCCAAGGUCAACAGGGUCAGCAGAACGACCAGCUGAUCUCCGCCGCAGCAGUCAACUCAGCUCUCGCCUUCGGACAGGGGCUGGCUGCCGGCGUGCCUGGCUAUCCCAUGCUGGCUCCAGCUGCUUACUAUGACCAGACGGGGGCGCUAGUGGUCAACACAGGAUCUAGGGGCGGACCCGUACGCCUCAUGGCCCCCGCAGGCUCAGUUAUUAUCUCUCCCUCCGCUGUACAAGCAGUGGCGGCAGCAGCUGCAGGUGGCGGGGCUAACGGUGGUAUGGGUGGCGGGGCCAAUGGUCCGUUCCGAGCCAUGCAAUCACAGCAGCCUCAGCAGCAGGGGGGAGGGGCUAUGUCAGGAAACUCCUUUUAUGGAUCCUCUCUUAGCAACUCAUCCCAGAGCUCCUCCCUCUUCUCUCAAGGCUCCGCCCAGCUGGGCCCCGGCUCCGCCUCUCUGGGGUUUGGUCAGAGCAACUCUUCACUCGGAGCGACGUUGGGCGGCUUUGGCACUGCAGUGGCUAACUCCAGUGGUGGGAGUGGUUCUCGUCGUGACUCUCUGACUGGCACUAGUGACUUGUACAAACGCACGCAGUCCAGCCUCACUCCCAUUGGCCACGGGGGGUUCUACAACGGAACCCUGGGCUUUAGCUCCUCCCCCGGGCCGGUCGGAAUGCCUCUGCCCAACCAAGGCCCCUCCCACUCCCUAACUCCACCCCCCUCUCUGUCCAAUCACAGCUCCUCAUCCAACCUCAACCUGGGAGGUCUGACCAAUGGCAGCGGUCGUUUCAUAUCUGCUGCUCCGGGGGCGGAGGCGAAGUAUCGCAGCGCCAGUUCUGGCUCCUCCCUCUUCUCUCCCAGCAGCCAGCUCUUCCCGUCGUCACGGCUACGUUACGGAAUGUCGGAUGUGAUGCCGUCAGGGCGGAGCCGGCUUCUGGAAGACUUCCGGAACAACCGCUACCCCAACCUGCAGCUGAGAGAGAUUGCUGGGCACAUCAUGGAGUUCAGUCAGGAUCAACACGGCAGCAGGUUCAUCCAGUUGAAGUUGGAGAGGGCCAGCUCAGCGGAGCGUCAGCUGGUGUUCAGUGAGAUCCUCCAGGCUGCCUAUCAACUCAUGGUCGAUGUCUUUGGAAACUACGUCAUCCAGAAGUUCUUUGAGUUUGGCAGUGUGGACCAGAAGCUGGCUGUAGCUGAGAGGAUCAGGGGUCAUGUCCUGUCUCUGGCCCUUCAGAUGUAUGGCUGUAGAGUCAUACAGAAGGCGCUGGAGUUCAUCCCCUCAGACCAACAAGUUAUAAGUGAGAUGGUACGGGAGUUGGACGGUCAUGUGUUGAAGUGUGUGAAGGAUCAGAACGGCAACCACGUGGUGCAGAAGUGUAUCGAGUGUGUUCAGCCCCACGCGUUACAUUUCAUCAUCGACGCCUUCAAGGGACAGGUGUUUGCCCUCUCCACCCACCCCUACGGCUGCAGAGUGAUGCAGCGUAUUCUAGAACACUGUCUUCCAGACCAGACCCUGUCCAUUCUGGAGGAGCUGCACCAACACACGGAACAACUGGUGCAGGACCAGUAUGGUAACUAUGUGAUCCAGCAUGUGCUAGAACACGGCAGAGCGGAGGACAAGAGUAAGAUAGUAGCUGAGAUCAGAGGAAACGUACUGGGGCUCAGCCAACACAAGUUUGCCAGUAAUGUAGUGGAGAAGUGUGUGAGCCAUGCGUCGCGUGCAGAGCGGGCCGUGUUGAUAGACGAGGUGUGUAGCCUGACGGAGGGGCCUCACAGUGCCUUGUACACCAUGAUGAAGGACCAGUAUGCCAAUUACGUGGUGCAGAAAAUGAUUGACGUGGCCGAACCCACACAGAGAAAGAUCAUCAUGCACAAGAUCCGGCCCCACGUCUCCACUCUGAGGAAGUAUACAUAUGGAAAACACAUCCUGGCCAAGCUGGAGAAAUACUACAUGAAGAAUGGAGUGGACCUGGGCCCUCUCUGUGGCCCUCCCAACGGCAUCAUGUAAACCUUCUACCCUUUUCCACACCUUAACACUUGAGGACAAGACGGGCCGACGGGAACGCGGGGACGUGCUCAGUACAUCACCUGCUGGGUUGGUGGAGGAACGGUGGUGAUUCAACAUGUCGGACCCUCUGUGUACAGCUGACGUUGUAUUGGAAUGUCACGUCUUUUAUACCAUAACCCCUAUUUACCCUACAUGAAAAAUGACAUGUUAACUACUACCCACACACAACCUAUUAUUUCCUACCACCCGAUGGUCUAAACCCUAUACCCCCCCCCCCCCCCCCCUCUUUUCCCCUCCUAAUGAGAUCAUGUAAACUGCUGCCCUACCUACCCCCCCCCCCCCCCCCCAAUGACAUGUAGAACCCUCCAACCCCCCUCCUUUUCCCGUCCCACUCUUAUCGCCAUGGUAACCCAUUGGUAUGAGCCUGUGUCUAAACAGGAAGCCUUGGUUAGUUUUAGCCCGUCUCCCAACCAAGCCCUACCCUGCUGCAGGGAGGAGGCAGGGGGAGGUGAGAUACGUCCCUACCCUGCUGCAGGGAGGAGGGAGGGGGAGGUGAGAUACCCCCUACCCUGCUGCAGGGAGGAGGGAGGGGAGGGAGGGGGAGAUGAGAUACGUCCCUACCCUGCUGCAGGGAGGAGGGGGGGGGGUGAGAUACGUCCCCACCCUGCUGCAGGGAGGAGGGAGGGGAGGGAGGGGGAGAUGAGAUACCCCCCUACCCUGCUGCAGGGAGGAGGGAGGGGGAGGUGAGAUACGUCCCUACCCUGCUGCAGGGAGGAGGGAGGGGGAGGUGAGAUACGUCCCUACCCUGCUGCAGGGAGGAGGGAGGGGGAGGUGAGAUACGUCCCCACCCUGCUGCAGGGAGGAGGGAGGGGGAGGUGAGAUACGUCCCUACCCUGCUGCAGGGAGGAGGGAGGGGGAGGUGAGAUACGUCCCUACCCUGCUGCAGGGAGGAGGGAGGGGGAGGUGAGAUACGUCCCUACCCUGCUGGAGGGAGGGGGAGGUGAGAUACGUCCCUACCCUGCUGCAGGGAGGAGGGAGGGGGAGGUGAGAUACGUCCCUACCCUGCUGCAGGGAGGAGGGAGGGGGAGGUGAGAUACGUCCCUACCCUGCUGCAGGGAGGAGGGAGGGGGAGGUGAGAUACGUCCCUACCCUGCUGCAGGGAGGAGGGAGGGGGAGGUGAGAUACGUCCCCACCCUUCGUUCCUUCUCCCUGUUUGUUUUUCUUUAUUCGUCUUUUGGAUAAACUAGAAUCAUUUCACUACUGCUGUGGCAAUCACAGUUCUGUGUCGUAUCGCUAGUAUGGGAUGGAACGUAUUUCAUUUGACUGAGUCACCAAACCAUAGUCCCAUACACAAACACACAAGCCAUGUGCUUACCAGCAAGUCAUUUAACAUGGGAGGUUAGUUUCCAGUCCUGCUUCUAUCUAUCUAUCUAUAUAUAUAUAUAUAUAGCGUGUAUACUUGGUGUAGAACUUAUAUAUAAGUUUAUAAAAAACUUUUUAGUUUUUCUGGUUUUUGGAUGUUGACUAUCUAUAAUGUCUCCUAGUAGUGAACACAUUUCUGACUGUAUAAUUGUACAUUUGUAAACCCUUGUAAUGUAAGUGAUUAACCACCUUUUUGGUAUCAGACGAUAUAUAUAUAUAUAUAUAUGUAUAUGUAUAUCUAUAUAUAAAAAAACUAAACAUUUAAAAAAAAACUCUUAACUCUUGUGCAUUUCGAUGCAUAUUCUCACCUCCUUGUUUGUGACAUAUGAGUUGUUGUAUAUUGUAAAUUGUAAUAUCAAAUUUUGGUUUUGAAAAGUCCUUUCUAUACUGCAUAGUACUUGUACAAAGCACCCCACCCCCCACCUUAACAGAACUCACCACCUUAACAACAGAACUCACCACCUUAACAACAGAACUCACCACCUCAACAACAGAACUCACCACCGUAACAACAGAACUCACCACCGUAACAACAGAACUCACCACCGUAACAACAGAACUCACCACCUUAACAACAGAACUCACCACCUUAACAACAGAACUCACCACCUUAACAACAGAACUCACCACCUUAACAGAACUCACCACCUCAACAACAGAACUCACCACCUUAACAACAGAACUCACCACCUUAACAACAGAACUCACCACCU